ACCGCGCGCGCGGAGCCCCGCUUCCGGCCGGCCGCGCUCCUUCCCUGGUGUGCUGGUUUCCGUGGCCGCAGCGCCAUGGGCAAGAAGGGCAAGAAGGAGAAGAAGGGGCGCGGCGCGGAGAAGACGGCCGCCAAGAUGGAGAAGAAGGCGUCCAAGCGCUCGCGGAAGGAGGAGGAAGACCUGGAAGCCCUGAUAGCCCAUUUCCAGACACUGGAUGCCAGGAAGACCCAGGUCACCGAGACACCGUGUUCCCCGCCCUCUCCACGGUUAAAUGCCUCCCUGUCCGCUCACCCUGAGAAAGAUGAGUUAAUCCUUUUUGGAGGUGAAUAUUUCAAUGGCCAAAAAACUCUUCUGUAUAACGAGCUCUAUGUCUACAACAUUAAGAAGGACACUUGGACCAAAGUUGACAUCCCUGGUCCACCUCCAAGGCGCUGUGCUCACCAGACCGUGGUGGUACCUCAGGGCGGCGGACAGCUGUGGGUCUUCGGUGGGGAGUUUGCGUCUCCCGAUGGAGAGCAGUUCUACCAUUACAAGGACCUCUGGGUCCUGCACUUGGCCACCAAGACCUGGGAACAAGUCAGAUCAGCUGGGGGUCCUUCUGGCCGGAGUGGACAUCGGAUGGUGGCAUGGAAAAGACAGUUAAUCCUUUUUGGUGGAUUCCAUGAGAGCACAAGGGAUUACAUCUACUACAAUGACGUGCAUUCCUUCAACCUGGAUACCUUUGUGUGGAGCAAGCUGUCCCCAUCAGGAACCGGGCCCACGCCCAGGUCAGGCUGCCAGAUGUCCGUCACUCCCCAGGGCAGCAUAGUCAUCUAUGGGGGCUACUCGAAGCAGGGACAGCACCAGAGGUCUUCACAGAUGUCCUUCAGGGUCCAGCUUCUGGCCUCCUGUCUGCUGGGGCCCUUCAUCGUGAGAGUCAAGAAAGAUGUGGACAGAGGCACCCAGCACUCAGACAUGUUCCUGCUGAAGCCUGAGGAUGGGGGAGAAGGCAAAUGGACAUGGACCCGGAUCAGCCCUUCAGGGGUCAAGCCCACUCCAAGGUCUGGCUUUUCGGUGGCCAUGACCCCAAAUCAUCAGGUGCUACUCUUUGGGGGCGUCUGUGACAAGGAAGAGGAAGAGAGCCUGGAAGGCAUGUUCUUCAACGACCUGUACUUCUACGAUGCUGCCAGGAGCCGCUGGUUCCUGGGACAGCUGAAGGGCCCCAAGUCGGAGAAGAGGAAGCGAAGGCGGGCCAGAGCAGAGGACCACGAAGGUGCCAGGGAAUUGGAGCGUGGGGCAGCCAGUGCCCCCGAGCCCCUGGAGGUGGUCAAAGAGGUGGUGGCCGAGGAUGGGACCGUGGUCACCAUUAAACAAGUGCUCACAGCCCCAGGCUCAGCAGGCUGCCCGCCCCCAGAGGAGGAGGAUGGGGCUAUGGAGGCUGGCCCCAGGGUGGAGCCCUGCCCACGCUCCAGUACCAUGCUGGCCGUUAAGCAUGGGCUGCUGUAUGUCUACGGGGGUAUGUUUGAAGCCGGUGACCGCCAGGUGACUCUAAAUGACCUGUAUUGCCUCGACCUCCAUAAGAUGGAAGAGUGGAAAGUCUUGGUGGAGAUGGAUGCAGAAACUCAGGAAUGGCUGGAAGAUACGGACUCAGAGGAGGACAGCAGCUCGGCUGAGGGUGCUGAAGGGGGAGAUGAGGACCAGGACGAGGACAGCGGGGAGGAGACCGGCGAGGAGGAGGAAGGCUCCCACAGCUGAGUGUUUCCCGCCUCUUCUCCUGGAUGGAGCAGUGGCAUGGACCAUCCACCUGGGACUGAGCAGUACUGGCUGGAACUCACCUGGGACAACCUGGGGUGUGACACUCUGGAGAAGAAAGUGCUGGAGGUUAACUGAGGGUAGCUGAGGCCCUUUAGCAUCACCAGGCAUCAUUUAAAAUAAAUUGAGUGUGAACUAGG